GGCAUAAAGACAUAAGUAAAAAAACAGUAAAAAAAGUAUAAAACAACAAAUAAGAAAAAUUGAUGUAAAAACAGUAAUAAAACACAUACAUUUUUUAAAUGUCACAAGAACUUGAUUUUACACCACUAACUAUAAAUCAAACAAGUAAGUGACUUGAAAUACGUGCCCUGCAUUAUAAACCGACCAUCUUGAGCUGACCAGGCUCCCGUCGAAGGGGAUUUGAGAGGGCAGGCGAGUCUUGUGGGGAUCAGAAACUGAAAUGUACCAUAAUCCUCAGAAGGAAAGAAGGAGGGAGAGAUAGUCCUAGGUAGCUCUGUGCACCAAAGGGACUGAACCACCAGGAGCUUCAGUGAGCUGGUUAUACAGAGAGACCUUGCUGUAUAGUCCCUGAACUCUAAACGUCUCAGACGUGUUGUGUUAUGGCUAAGACCAAGAGUGAUUCGAGUGUCAACAUGGAGAUUACGAACGGCUCUGUUGUCCACUGUCCCGUAGGCUCGUGUUUGGAGAUGGAAGAUCGGAGGACUGCCGAGGAAGAGGAGGAGGUUGAACUAGCUGAGGAGGUGGAUGAGAACAUUCAUAUUGUGAGUGAGGAUGGUGCGGGAGACAACGUAAUGACCUCAAAUGCCCAUCAAGCGGAGCAGGAAAAUGAUCUGAUGGAUGACACACAGGAGGAAACAAAACCUGGGCCAGAAAGAGAGGUUACCCAAAACGAAUUGACGAGAGAGAUAAAAGCAGAGGCAGAAGUGGACGAGGACAGAAUUACAGAACCAGCAGUGCCUGAACUAGAAAUGGAAGUUGAAUCAUCAACAACAGCAGAAUCCCAACCUCUCGAAGAAGAAGAGCUUGUGGAAGCUUUUAAAGAAGUGAUGGAGGAUCAACCCGAGCAUGUGUUGGAGGAUGAAAAGACAGCGGAGAGCAUCCAUGUGCAGACCGUGAGCGCAGGACCGGUGGUACGAGAGGUCACUUUCAACUUCAUUUCGGAUGAACAAGAAUUUGCAAAUUCAGUGUUUAGUGAUGAUGAAACACAACAGAUUGAAACUGAGACAAUAGAGGAACGUAAAGAAGUGGAGGGUGUCAAUGAAGUGAGUUCACAUGAAGCUGAAGAACCGCCUGCGGUGAGCAACAAUGAUGAAGGUGAGUUGGUCGAAGAAGAACCCAUUCCAGUUGACAAAGAGCGUUGGAUGGUUUCCACUAUUGAAGAAGAAUCAAAAGAGGAUCUGCAGCGCUUCAGUGAGGAUACAGAAGAAAUGCAAUGUGAAGGAAUGGCUAUGAAUGUAGAGGCAAUACACAACGAUGACUUGGGGACCCAGAACGAUGACGGAAGUGAGAUUGAUUUUAUUACAGCAGUGGAACCGCCUGAAGUUCUCACUGAUCAGAUUGGUGGGAACGAAGGCCAGAAGCUUCAGAAUUCAGAUCAUUUGGCAUCCGAAAAGGCAGUUGUUGCUGUGACUCUAGAAGAACAUGGAAUUCUAGAGCAGGUGGCUGAGAACAUUUCAAUGAUGGGCGAAGUUGAGACCGACCAACAUAGAGAUGAAAACUGUGAUACCCAGUCAGCUCCUGAAGAGACAAUAAAAGACAAAGAAGCUGAUGAAGAGGACACUGAACGAAUUCAUCAUGUGAUAGAACCAAAAGAAGAGGUGGAGAUUAUAGAAGAGUCACCUGUAGAAGAGGGAGGGAGUGAAAAACCAGAACACCCACAGGAAACCAGAACCGCAGAUGCACCUGAGGAUGUAGUGGAGGGGGUGUGGGGAGAACCAGAACAGCCAGACGGUGUUAACAACGACAAAAAGGAGGUUGUUGAAGAAGCGAAUUUUGCAACGGAACAACCCAAGCAUGUCAACGAAGAAGUGUCGACAUCUACAGAGGAGGGGGCGAGACAAGGAAAGGAAGAGCCAAGAGGUUUUAUCCAAGAUCAACCCAAGAAGAAAGCGAGAGAGGGGGGUCGCAAGGUGACAAUACCUGCCUGGUUAAAGGCCAGCGAGAUCUUAGAUGUCCAGGAGCCACCGAGACCCCUCAGCGGUCAUCGGAGAGACACCAGUGGUCAAACUGAAGGUGAGGCCAAAGGUCAAGAGGUCACCGUGGAGAAUGGGGUAUCUGGGAUAUCACCCUCUCUAGUUCAACAAGAAGAGGAAAAGAUGGUGAUAAAGACGAGGACGACUGCUCAACAGAUGGAUGAAGAUGUCUGCGAUGCUGAUCCCGAUGAUCUGAAAGUGUCCCUCUAUGUGAAGGCCGGCAGUGAUGGUGAGAGCAUUGGAAACUGUCCUUUUUCUCAAAGAAUCUUCAUGAUCCUCUGGCUGAAGGGAGUUAUAUUCAACGUCACCACUGUGGACCUUAAAAGAAAACCAGCAGACCUCCAGGAUCUCGCCCCGGGCACACACCCGCCGUUCCUGACCUUCAAUGGAGAGGUGCUUGUGGACGUCAACAAGAUUGAAGAGUUUCUUGAGGACAGACUGGCUCCACCACAAUAUCCAAAGUUGGCAGCAAAGCAUCCAGAAUCAAACACAGCAGGAAUAGAUAUAUUUGCCAAAUUUUCUGCCUACAUCAAAAACCCUCGCAAGGAAGCUAAUGAGGGUUUGGAGAAAGCUCUUGUGAAGUCACUGAAGAGACUAGAUGAGUAUUUACAGACUCCACUUCCAGAUGAAAUAGAUGCCAACAGCACAGAUGAUCCCGGUGUAUCUACACGCUCUUUUCUGGAUAGACCGGAUCUCACGCUGGCUGACUGCAACCUGCUUCCAAAACUGCACAUCUUGAAGGUUGUGGCCAGGAAGUACAGAGGCUUUGAGAUUCCAGCUGAGAUGACCGGAGUCUGGCGAUAUUUAAAUACAGCUUACCAGAGAGAAGAGUUCAUGAACACCUGCCCCGCCGACCGAGAGAUUGAGUUCGCUUACCUGGACGUGGCCAAAAAAAUCUAAUAGAUCAUAGAUAUGGUAUUUCAGCCCUUAAAGAUGAGUUUAAAAGCAAGUUUAAAGUGUUUACACAAGCCCACAUUGUACAUCUUAUCAUUUUUAAACAUACUAUAGAAAGUUUCUUUUUAUUUAGAUGUUACACUGUCACAUUUGGGGACUGUCACAGUAUGGGGACUAAAUAUCCCCACAAAGAUGGCAAUAUCCAAAACCCUUGUCCUUGUGGGGACAUUUUUUUGUCCCCAUGAGGAAACAAGCUUAUAAAUCAUACAGAAUGAACUUUUGUGAAAAUGUAAAAGAGCAGACAGUUGUGUGUGAUUGUUAGGGUUAGGGGUAGGGAAUAUGAUAUACAGUUUGUACAGUAUAAAAACCAUUGUGUCGAUGGAAUGUCCCCAUAAAACAUGGAAACCCAACAUGUGUCUGUGUGUGUGUGUUCAUGUUUGUACAUCCCGGUGGGGACCUAAACCUGAAUACACACCAACACAUGGGGGCUCGUGUCACCUUGGGGACCAAAAUUGAGGUCCUCAUGGGCAAAACAGCUAAUAAAUUGUACAGAACAAUAUUUUUUACAAAUCUAAAAAUGCAAAAAGUGUUCUAUGAUCUUUAGGUUUAGGGAUAGGGUUAGGGGUAGGGGAUAGAAUAUACAGUUUGUACAGUAUAAAAACAUUACGCCUAUGGACUGUCCCCACGGGGAUAGUCAACCAAAGCCUGUGCGUGUGUGUGUGUGUGUGUGUGUGUGCGUGUGUGCGUGUGUGCGUGCGUGUGCUGUGUGUGUGUGUGUGUGUGUGUGUGUGUGUGUGUGCGUGUGUGUGCGCGCGCUCACUGGUGGAGCUGCACUGGAGUUGUAUUCAUCAUGAAUUGAUCCAUUGGCUAAUGUUUUCCUUUCAUUAAUGAUGGCAGGACCAAAAAACCCAGUGACCCAGUAAUGAAGUAUUAUAGCACUUUUGUUAUCUUUUAACUCUUUAAAUAUCUAAUCCGUCUUCAUGAAUUAUAUUAACAUUCAUAAUGUUCACAAUGGCCUUGACCAAUGAGUUUAUCUCAUUCUAACAAUUUAAUCUGUUGAUACUUUAUACUAAAUGUGUCUAUUUUUAUAUGUAUUCUGAUUUCAUAAACUAAUUUGGAUUCUUCUGUUCAGGCCAUAAUGUUUAAUCUUUCAUUUUGUAUAAAAAGAAAAACGUUUAUCUUAUAGCAUCACAAACUUAACUAGACUUUUCUUUAUAUCAUCAUGGCUUACAUCAGGCUUGUUUUUGACAACGUACUGUAUGACAUUUCCAGUUAAUUGCUGUGUAAUUUAAAACUUACAGGGCAAAACAUUUACAUGUUCCUUUAUAAUUUGAUUGAGCUUAUUUGUGCACAGAUGUUAUUUAGGUACGUGUGUGUAACCUUGAAUAAUGCCUUACGAAGCUCUGAUGCGAAGACUUUAAUUAAACUAAUCUGAAAUCAA